CCUCGCGUUCGCUAUCCAUCGGACCCGUCGUGCGCCGGUUGGGGGAUCCUCGACCGAGUGACACCCAUCAUAUAUAUAAGAGAAACCGGGCUAGGAUAUAUAGGUAGUGGCAUGGAGUUAUGGAUGUAUACGCUGUGCUCGCCUCGGCUUUUUGGUGUGUCGCCCUUAGCAUUACCAAGUUCCCGCUUUCAGCCGCAGAACAGCCUUCGGCGGUCUUUUGGUGUAUAGAGGCUGGAUCUCAGGUUCCACGGCAGUUCUUCACGAGCUCACGUAAGCUGCGGAUCGACCACAACGACUACAGUACCAAUCAUUCCGUCAUCUUUCAUGUGCUGGGUUUUCGGGCCCCCACGCUUUUUAAGGACAUCUUUCUUUAUACUAAUAUUUCAGCUGCUGUUCCAACCCAUGUCUUCAUAUCCUCAUAUAGAAUGACUCUGUCAAUACUUCAGUUGAGUCGCUGACACUACAAUGACGCCCGAGGAACGAGAGCAGUUCCUGGGUUCGCCCGCCCUCAUGCCGCCGAAUGGCAUACAGUCGAAUUUUGUGGACCCGCCAAACGCGAGAAGCCAAGGUUCUGCAACAGCUCAGCUUUUACUUGCCACAGUAUUCGUGUGGAUGCGGGUGUUUACAAAGGCCAGAGUC